GUGUUUAAUACCUUAUAUAUCAAUAUUUUUUUAGGCCAAAUACGACAGCAUUAACCAUAUUCCACUCAAGAAUAUCAAAAAGAGAAAUGUAUCCUAAGAACGACACGUAUGUGCCAUUAAUUUUAAAAAACAUGUCCAGUGCUCGUAUUUUAAGCGUAGCCCAAAAAGAAGGAGGCACACAACUCAAGCUUGUAAUAGAGUAUUCAAACGGAGACAAAGCACUUAUGAAACCGAUGAGAUUCACAAGAGAACAACAGACUCUGCCGAAUCAUUUUUACUUCACCGACUACGAAAGGCACAACGCCGAAAUUGCUGCGUUUCAUCUCGACAGGAUAUUGGGGUUUCGGAGAGCAAUGCCGGUCAGUGGCAGAUUGGUGAACAUCACGUCUGAACUUAUGGCCCAGGUGACAGCGUCCGAUUUGUUGAAGACAUUCUUUGUGUCACCUGAUAAAAAUGUGUGCUUUCACGGACAGUGUUCCUAUUACUGUGACACGUCGCAUGCCAUUUGUGGAAACCCCGAUAUGUUGGAGGGCUCGUUCGCCGCGUACUUGCCAUCCCAAGAUGUUUUGGAGAGAAAGACGUGGAGGCAUCCUUGGAGACGCAGUUACCACAAGCGGAGGAAGGCUAAAUGGGAAACAGAUCCAAAUUACUGUGAACUAAUCAGAAACUUGCCGCCAUACAAUAGUGGUCGCCGGAUGUUGGACAUUAUGGACUUGUCCGUGUUUGACUUUCUCAUGGGCAACAUGGACCGUCAUCAUUACGAAACGUUCACCCUGUUCGGAAACGACUCAUUUCCUAUUCACCUUGACCACGGUCGGGCGUUUGGCAAGGCGUUCCACGACGAGAUGAGUAUAUUGGCUCCUAUCAUACAGUGUUGUCAUAUACGAAAGUCUACACUGGAGACUUUGCUGAGGUUUCACAACGUCAAAAAGCUCAGCGAACACAUGAGGGAAUCCAUGAACGACGAUCAGCUGUCACCCGUGCUAUGGGAACCGCAUUUGACGGCCAUCGACCGGCGCGUGGGACUUGUGCUGCAGAAAGUCCGCGAAUGUCUGUCGGUGAGCACGAUGAGCGGUGAGGACGCUGCUGACGAAUCGCAUGCCAGGCCCUCCACUAAUGCCACGUUCGACAUCGACAUGGGUGAUCUGGGAAAGGAACCUAAAUACACGGCCAGGUCUAGGGAACAAACGUAAGGCGGAGAUAGAUGAGCUCUGAUGUUUGUGUUCGCUACGGGACGGAUCAAGCCUACACGCGCGUUCAAUUUGAAUACAAUAUUAUAUUUUCCACCGCGUCUGUCCGGGUUACUUGCCAUCUUAAAUGUCUGUCCGAGUUGAAUGCCGUGGCCCAAUUGGCAUCACAUAAAUACUUUAACAUAUCAAAAAAAAAAAAAAAAAAAUGGAAGUCAAUUUGUUGGCGUGAUUUCUUUAAAAAUUAAAAAAAUAAUCAAAAUUUAUACUUUUUUAGGAGUUUUACUUUGCCUUCAGUUCACUUAUUGUUCUACCUACUUUUAUGGAAUUUUUUUUUUAAGGUUUAAGUACAAUAUUAUUUAUGACACAGUAUAACUAUCUAAUAGUUGAUACAUUUAAUGGGAAAUAAAUUUUAGAUAUUACAUUUUUAUUUAGAAGGUAAACAAAAUAAAUACAAUUAUGAUAACUAAGUAAAAAUGUAGUAAUUAUGUACAUAAUAAUAAAUAUCAUUAUAAAUGUAAAUAAAUGUAACGCUAAUAACAAAGCUGUCAAAGUAAUGAACGAUGAUCAAUAAAAAAAUUAAAAUUAAAUAAUAUAUAAUAAUAUUAUGUGUAUAAUAUAAUAAAGCCAUCGUUUUUAAAUUUUAAGACGUGCAAUUCGGACACAUAAUUUUCUUUGGCAUGCAAUUCGGACACAUCGAUAUUUUUUGCGCGGUUUAUUAUCUAAAGGGCGUCGAUUGCCCGAUAUGUUGUGGUUGUAUAUUUUGUGUGUACGUAUUUCGUUUUUGUAACAUAUUAUUAUUUUUAUUAUUUAUUAUUAGCUGUAUCUACUUUUUUUUGUUAAUCGGUAAUAGCGUGGACGAGGCUCGAUUGCCAUUGUAAUGUUAUAAUAAUUAUAACAAUUAUUGUUCACCACCUA